CUUGGUAUGGUUUAAAGAAGCAUGGAUAAUUUUGAGUAUCCCCUUCAAGGGAUAAAGGAAGGUGGCGGAUACUGGCCGCCUUGAGGUCGUGGGAUUCAACAUGCUGAUUCGGGGUUUGCUUGAUCAAAUUCUCAAUCCUAGUUAACAUACGGCGACGAGCAGCCCGCUCCUGUACGAGAGCCUCCUCCAUCUUAAGUUUGAAGAGAAAAGAUGAGAAUAUCAACCUUUUUAGAUAUUAGCAGAAAGUGAAGAGAGAGAAUAGGGGAUUAACAAGGUUGGUAGCUUGAUGGGAGACGAGAUGGGUUAUCUGGAUGAAGGCAGCAAGGGCAGGUUUUACUUGUUGCUUCAAGUUCUCUGGGUCUCAGUAACCGAGACAUGGAAACAGGAAGUGGAUAAGCUACUUGCAACAUUCCAAUCCUGGACCAACUACCAACAAAGUUUCCGAAACGGCCCUAUCCGUGAAGGGACAUUUGCCUUAGCUAAAAGGGAUGAGAACUUCAAAUCAAAUGUGGUAUUCUCGCCCAUUUCUAAUCGCACACGUUCCAAGAUGGGUAGCUUAGAGCAAAAACUGCGCGAAGCACAGCUUGAAACCCCAACAAAACUCGCCCUUUCAUUCUCUAGGGCCUGCGGAGAUUGCAUACAUCAGCUGAUCAUGUACUUCCCCCAGGCAAGCGACUGGACCUUGCACCGCAAAUCAUUCAAGGCAGAGUUCAAACAGGCCUCUUUUGAAGCGCGAACAGAUGGGUAUCUUGAGGAUGGGGGAUCCUCAGAGAGGGUACGAGCAUUGAUUGAAGUAAAGCUAAUGUUGAGGAGGAAGAAGCAGAAUCCUAUUCGCAUGCAAGAGGCUGCACAGAUGGUUGCGUGGCUAAAAUCAGACCCUGAUCCUACUGGCAUUUUGAAUCUCCCAGGCCAGUAAGUUGCAUUUAUUCCCCUUAUCCUAUGGAGUAG